UUUAUUACAUUGAACGACGAAAAAUGGAUGAAGUGUUCUCACUGCAUAUGGAAAAGCUCGACGUCUAUGACGUGCUUCUCCUUGCUGGCAUUCUCUCGGUGAUAAUAUUAAUUUGUAUUUAGUUAAAUGCUGCUUCUUUUUACUAUCUAAAAAAUGUAGCCAGCAAACAAUAGCAAGUCGUUGUGAAAUUACAGCGCGAAUGAUG